AUGCUAUCUACUGCUUGGUCACGACGCACGCUGAAAUUUUAUGCGGGCGUUUCUCGAAGAUGGUUGAGUAAUUCCCCCCUGGGGAAAGUGCGAAGGGCUCCACCAGAUAAGAUCCUAGGUCUGACAGAGCAUUUCAACAGGGACACGAACCCAAAGAAAGUGAAUUUAACCGUAGGAAUCUACAAAGAUGACCACGGCCAUGUCACCACAUUCCCCUCUGUUGCGAAAGCGCAAAGGAUCGUCGAUUCGCACGAAGAACUCAAUAAGAACCUUUCGUAUUUGCCUAUAAACGGGAACGAGGUGUAUUCCAAGAGGGUGCUGGACUUUCUGUAUAGGGAGUCCUGUCCAGACAACGCAGAAUUGCUAGACAAGGACAAAAUUAGCUUUGUUCAAACGCUGAGCGGGACUGGGGCUGUUGCGAUCGCGUCAAAAUUCUUAUCCGCGUUCAUCUCUAAGGACGUUUGGCUACCAAAUUACUCUUGGGCCAACCACCAGAAUAUCUUCUCCAAAAAUGGGUUUGAGAAUAUCCAUCUUUACUCGUACUACGACCUUUCCAGUGGACAGGUCAUGGUUGAGAAAUGGCUGCAGGAAUUGGAGGAUGCAGUGGGGAGAACUGACAACGUGAAAACCCCUCAGGCUAUCUUACUACAUGCAUGCUGUCAUAACCCGACAGGGGUGGACCCGACAAGGGAGGAAUGGCAUACAAUCAUCGACAAGAUCCACGAACUGAACAUGAUUCCAAUCAUUGACAUGGCGUAUCAGGGGCUAGAAUCGGGGAAUCUCAUAGAUGACGCAUACCUUUUGCGAAUGUGUCUUGCGAAGGGCGGGUGGUCUAACGGCCUUUAUCUGUGUCAAUCGUUCGCUAAAGAUAUGGGUCUGUAUGGGGAAGGAGUGGGGUCGCUAAGUAUCGUGCUGCCACCUGCAGCCCGCGUGGAGAACAAACUAGCUUUGGACUCGCAACUGAAACCAAUAAUCAGAUCCAUUUAUUCGUCACCACCAGGCUAUGGCUGCCGUGUCGCCAAAGUAGUUCUAUCAAAUGAGGCAUUGAAGCAACAAUGGUUCAGAGACGUCCAGAAUAUGGUUCAAAGACUGCACGGGGUCAGACACAAGCUGUAUGAGAAUCUCCAAUGGCCUGACUUGGUCAAUUUUGAAAAGCAGCAUGGCAUGUUUUACUUUACACGGUUUAAGCCGAAGCAAGUUAACGAACUGAAGGAAAAAUACUCAAUCUAUCUGACCAACGAUGGCCGACUGUCACUGAGCGGUGUCAACAGCUCAAACAUCGACUAUUUAUCUACUGCAUUAGGAAAAGUUUCAGAAAUGAAGUAA